GCCGUAUUACACUGAGCCGAGGAGGAGGAAGCCUGUGGCUGCUCAGGCAAAGUGAUGCAACUUCUAAAAUGUAACAUAGCCAUGAACUUAACCCGAUGAACGAAGUUAUUCAGAAGUCAAGACCUCGCCAUGCAUAGAAAAGUGCCGGGAUUAGAGGAGAAUUAACACAAAGCAGAGACGCCACUCCAGCCUCCAUCCGAGACCAGGCGUUGGAGAGGGAGAGAAGAGAGAGAGAGAGAGAGACUCACAGAGACGAAGACACCCAAGGCGCUCAACACACACACACACACACAGGAGAAGAGUCCCUUGGAGAGAGAGAGAGAGAUACGGAGAUACACACUCACAGAAGAAGUCUCUCGCUAGACAGAGCUGACUAUGGAGGAGAAGCAGUUUGCUGGGAUCCUGAACGGAGCAGUCCCGGGAGAGCCUGUGAAGAGGGAUGAGAACUCCAGGCGGGGGAACUGGGGGAACCAGAUUGAGUUUGUGCUGACCAGCGUGGGCUAUGCUGUGGGCCUGGGCAAUGUGUGGAGGUUCCCCUACCUCUGCUACAGGAACGGAGGAGGUGCCUUCAUGUUCCCCUACUUCAUCAUGCUGGUGUUCUGUGGCAUCCCCCUCUUCUUCCUGGAGCUCUCCUUCGGACAGUUCGCCAGCCUGGGGUGCCUGGGAGUCUGGAGGAUCAGUCCUGUGUUCAAAGGUGUGGGCUACGGGAUGAUGGUGGUCUCCACCUACAUCGGAAUCUACUACAACGUGGUCAUCUGCAUCUCCUUCUACUACUUCUUCAUGUCCAUGACCAACCUGCUGCCCUGGACGUACUGCAACAACCCCUGGAACACGCCCGCCUGCAGCAGCGUGGUGGGCAGCUCCUCGCGCCUCAACGCCUCGUUCGCCAACGCCACCAGCAGCCUGGCGGCCGGCGUGGCAGAGGUGGUGAACCGCACCAAGAGGACGAGCCCCAGCGAGGAGUACUGGAAACACUAUGUGCUGAACAUCUCAGAUGAUAUAGGAAACUUUGGGGAGGUGCGUCUGCCCAUCCUGGGCUGUCUAGCGAUAUCCUGGGUGGUGGUCUUCCUCUGCCUCAUCCGGGGGGUCAAGUCCUCUGGCAAGGUGGUGUACUUCACGGCCACCUUCCCCUAUGUGGUGCUGACCAUCCUCUUCAUCCGGGGCAUCACCCUGGAGGGGGCAGUCAGCGGCAUCAAGUAUUACCUGACCCCCCAGUGGCAGAAGAUCCUGGACGCCAAGGUGUGGGGAGAUGCAGCCUCUCAGAUCUUCUACUCUCUGGGCUGUGCCUGGGGGGGCCUCAUCACCAUGGCCUCCUACAACAAGUUCCACAACAACUGCUUCAGAGACAGCAUCAUCAUCAGCAUCACCAACUGUGCGACCAGCGUGUACGCCGGCUUCGUCAUCUUCUCCAUCCUGGGCUUCAUGGCGCACCACCUCAACGUCAACGUGUCCGAGGUGGCCGACCACGGGCCUGGCCUGGCCUUCGUGGCCUACCCAGAAGCCCUCACUCUGCUGCCCAUCUCGCCCCUGUGGUCUCUGCUCUUCUUCUUCAUGCUCAUCCUGCUGGGCCUAGGGACCCAGUUCUGUCUGCUGGAGACGCUGGUGACAGCCGUGGUGGAUGAGAUUGGGACAGACUGGAUCAUCAGGAAUAAGACAGUGGUCACCCUGGGAGUGGCUGUCAUAGGCUUCCUGCUGGGGGUGCCUCUCACCACACGGGCAGGGAUCUACUGGCUGCUGCUGAUGGAUAACUAUGCUGCUAGUUUCUCUCUGGUCAUCAUCUCCUGCAUCAUGUGCAUCUGCGUCAUGUAUGUGUACGGUCACAAACAGUACUUCAAAGAUGUUGAGAUGAUGCUGGGAUUCCCUCCUCCACUCUUCUUCAAAGUCUGCUGGAGAUUUGUCUCUCCUCUCAUCAUAUCUUUCAUCCUGAUCUUCACAGUGAUCCAGUACAAGCCCAUCACCUAUAACGACUACGUCUACCCUGGCUGGUCUCUGAUCAUCGGCUUCUUCAUGGCCAUGUCCUCAGUCAUCUGCAUACCCGUCUAUGCCCUGUACAAGAUCGCCCGCUCCGAUGGAGCCACCUUCAUGGAGCGGUUGAAGAACGCGAGCAAGCCCGACCCCAAGUGGGGCCCUGCCCUCCUGGAGCACCGGACGGGCCGCUACGCCCCGGCUGGCUGCGACGCCGUGGAGGUCCGCCCCCUGAAGGAGGAGCUGAAGGAGGAGGAGAAGAGCGAGGAGAAGGAGAAGGACGAGGCCGGCCUCACCAUCCAGGGCAGCAACGGCUCCACACACAGUAACCCCACCCCCUCUGCAUAGAGGCCCCCUCUGCAUAGAGGCCCCGCCCCCUCCGCCGGGGUCGUCCACGCACCCUCUCUCACCCCUCCACCCCCACCCCUUUCCCACAAUGCACUGUGGGGGAGAGACCGUUCGCUGGAGACCUUUACAUAUUGUAAGGGCUUAUUAUUUCUAUUCUAACCUCUACUAGAGAAGCAAAAUUGGUUUGGUCAUCUUCCAAAAUAUUUUUAUUUUGUUUCCCAUAGUUUAAUAAUUGCGAUUUUUUUUCUUUGACUUUUCUGUUGUAAAGGUUUUUCGUUUUCUUUUUCAUAUGCAGGCUUUGAGAUCAUGUUGAAUACACACUGUGUGUACGUAUGGGACACAGCAGCAUAACAGUGGGGCGUACAGCUUCCCUUUAUCCUAGCAGAGGCCACUUGGUCAGCUACUUCCUUAGAGACAAUGCUGGCAAAGCUGGAGACCAAACUCUCUGGUCCAGUGGAGACGCAUCCUGAUGACAUCAUCAUCAUGUGACUAGCUAACGUCUACCCUGCAUCCCAAAGCACAUGCUUUGUACUUUUAGUCGGUAAUGCAUCUUCCCUUGCAAAGUACGCAUUGUUGCAUGCAGUAGGCAUACAAUCGGGACAAACUAUUUAGUCAUAAGAUUGAGCCUUGAACUUUGACCCUCUUGUUCAGACAUCCAUUACAUUACAUA